CCAUAAGUUGCGCGCCCCACUUCUCCCUGCUGACAUGACCUGGAGGAGUUGUUAUGGGCGUUGUAGACUUGGUCUUUACUCACUUGAGACGAGGAAAACGGUUCUUGUUCCCAUCAUCAACUUCGUCCAAUCCACAAGAAACCGCGCAGGUAAUCUCUAAUCGCAAUGAAAGAUCUUCCGGCUUUCAAGAUUGACAGAUGGGUUGGCAAUUAUAAGCCCAUAUGCAACAUCAUGCUCCAUGGAUCGUGUGCUAGUGAACUAUCGCUCAAUCAGCUGAAACAGCUAUCACCAGAUCCGAGUAUGGACCCCAUCGAUCGGGAGCUCCCAUUGAUAUACGGUUCAGUUCUGGGAUCCUUGAAACUUCGUAGUCGGCUGGCUGAACUUCACUCAACCACAGCUAUAAAGCUGACGGCAAAUAACGUGGUCAUCACGCCAGGUUCUAUUAUGGCAAACUAUCUAGUACUCACAACGUUAUUCUCUGCGGGUGAUCAUGUUAUCUGCCAGUUCCCUACAUAUGCACAGUUAUAUGAACUUCCUCGAUUCAUGGGGGUCGAGGUGAGUCUUUGGAAAGGCAGUGUCGACGAUUCUUGGACGCCGUCCGUCGAGGAGCUCGAGAACCUCGUGCAGCCAAACACCAAAGCCAUCAUAAUCAACAAUCCAAGUAACCCAACGGGAGUUGUGCUGCCGUCACGCGUGAUUGACGAAACCAUCGCCGUGGCGAAGAAGUAUGAUUUGACGAUCUUCUCGGACGAGGUUUUCCGACCGCUCUUCCAUAGCCAAGAUCUUCCACCGCCCCCAAUCGUCUCCACUGGGUUUACUAGUUGCGUUUCCACCGGAUCGAUAUCGAAAGCUCAUGGUCUUCCCGGCGUUCGGCUCGGCUGGGUAAUAUCUCCCGAUAUUGACAUUAUCCGCCGAAUCAUCAUCGCGCGCGACUAUACAACCAUCAGUGUUUCGCAGCUCGACGAUAGCGUUGCUUGCUUCGCCUUGGACCCGAGCGUGUUGCCAGUAUUAAUGGAGCGGAAUCUGGCCAAAUGCGCCGCCAGCUUGCGCAUGCUCGAUGACUUUGUCGUUCAAAACGCUCAACGGUGCAGCUGGGUACGACCUGCUGGCGCUGGCACAGCACUCGUCAAGAUAGUAGAAAAAAAUGGUCAGCCAGUCGACGACGCAGCCCUCUGUGCUGAGCUGGCCCAAAAAUAUGCCAUCUCUCUUGUUCCCGGUGGCCACUGCUUCAACGAUGGCGAGGCAAGCGAGUUGGAUGGCUACAUACGCAUUGCCAUCGGCGACGACGAUACUUUGCGGGCAGGGCUGUCAGUUUUGGGCAGCUACUUGAAUUCAUAAAUCAUAAAGAUGGUAUCCUACACCGGUGUUCAUAUUUGGAGGUUACAUUGUUUAUUCCGAAUGGUAGUCUAUCUCCAAGAGUAUAAAUCCUCACUCGAAUAUUUCGAGUUGUGUUUAUUUUUCAGCCUCGCCCAUUCUGAGAUCCAAUAUU